AUGUCUUCAUCGAAAAGAUUCGACUGUGAAAUAUGUGAAAAACAAUUGAGUGAAAAUGAUGAUACACUGACUACUGACUGUCGUCAUAUAUAUCAUCGUCAUUGUGCUCAGAAACGGCUUGAUGAGAUGCAGCGAAGCGAUUGUCGUAAAUGCGGCAAAGAAUCUGCUGUAGGUGACGCACUUGCACGAGCCAAUAAAGAGUGCAACAUAUGCGAGAAAAUUAUGAACGAUGAUGAUGCUUUGGUGACUACUGAUUGUCAGCAUACAUUUCAUAUUCACUGUGCCCAAAAGCGAUUAGAUGAGCUACGGCGAAGUGAGUGUCGUAAAUGCGGUAAAAAAUCGGCUUUGGGAGAUGCACUCGAACAACUUAAUGCAAUAUUAGAAGGUGAAUGUAAAAUUUGUGAAAAACAAUUAGGCAGAAAAGAUGACACGCUGACUACUGAUUGUCAACAUAUAUUUCAUAUGAAUUGUGCCCAAAACCGACUAGAUGACGUCAAGAAAAGUGAUUGUCGUGAAUGCGGUAAAGAAUCAGCUAUUAGUAAUGCACUUAAACGAUACCAAGUAACGUCAAGAAAAUUCGUAGAACGAGUUUCUAAUCCAACUGAAACAAAAGAAAAUGUGAAACCGGCUGAACAUGAAAUUUCGCGGCUCAAAACAAGAACAACAAGUUCAAUGAGUAUCGAUGAAAACACGUGGGAAUGCCAGCAAUGCUGGUACGAAGAAAAUAUACAAUCAGCACAGCGUUGCCAAUCAUGUGGAAGACCACGAUGUAGUCCUCUCACAAAGUCAGCAAUGGUAGCACAGGAACCUGAUACAGAUCAAACAUCUAGCAAUAAUUGUUAUAAAUCGAGACCAUUAGAAUACACCGGUGGUCCUCCGACAACUUCUACGUUUGUUUCAUCCUCCUCGUUCAACAGCGAUAAUUAUUCAACUAGAUCGAGACAACGAGAAAGGACAUCUUCUCGAUCUCGAUCACCUACAAAACCGCCGGUCACUGUCUACAUUAAAGAGUUGCCAUUAAUCGAUCAAGAUGACUUUGGUUUGGCAAAUAAAAUUCGUCAUCGUAUAGAAACGAUUCACAAAAUAAAAAUACUUGAUAUUCGAUGCUAUUCCAGUUUAGGUAUCGGUUUUAUUCGUGUCUCGGAUGAUCAAACAAAGAACCAUUUAGUUGAUACUGUUGGAAAUAUGUCGUUAGAUUCACAAGUUGGUUCGUCUUCGAUUUCAUUUACGAAUACACUUGAAAUAGUGUCGUGCAUAGUACUUGAUAUGAAAAACGACAAAGACUUGAAAAGUUUACCAAAAUCUGAUGAAGUUAUGUCCAGAUGGAAAGAUAUAUUUAUAAAUGAAAAACCUCUUUUGUGUGAUGGAGUUUCGAUUCAAUUUCCAAACAUUUAUCGUAUUAUUACAUCAUUCGAUGAAUCAUUCGUUAAAAUUGCUCAUUCAAAUUUUGCAAUUAAUGGUCGAUUUGCCCAAAUUUAUUUUGGUGCUGAUUAUAGUUAUUUAGAAGAUCUUCCAACUUUGAUAAAUGAAAAACAAUUAAGAGAAGCUAUCGGCAGAAUGAUUGGCCUUGAAAAUAUUUCACAAUCAAUUCUACAUAUUGAAUUUAAUAAACAAGCAAAAAAUGCAUGUAUUAUUGCUUGUGAUAUUGCGCGAAAAUGGUCGACAAAAAGUUUUCUUUAUCUUGAUAAUAAACCAAUAUCAAAGAAGGAAAAUUUAACUUAUCGUUUACUUGUUACUCCUGUUACUGAAACAUAUAAAAUUGAUAGUAUUAUUAAUCAUGAAAUGUUUGUUCACAAAGCAACAAUAGACAAACAUCGUGGCACAAAACUAAUUCUCGAAAUAUCCGAUAAAAUUGUUUUUGACAAUUGUAUAAAAAUUGGAGCACUUCGUUUAAAUGAUGAAACAUCUUUGAUUAUGAAAAAUUAUAUUGCUGGCAGUGAUCCUGAAGAAUGUGAAAUUGAUGCUGAUACUUGGUAUGAAAGUGAAAUGCUUCGAUACAAGCCCGAUAUCAUGCAAUUUAUUCGAAAUCCUGAACAUGAAAUAUUUCGCUUUAAAUGGAAUUCACAAUUAUGGCUUCAACAAUUUAAAAGACUUAUAACACAAGAUCAAAAUGUCAGUAAAAAUAUUAAUUUACGUAAUUUUAAUGGAACAUCGUUUGAUAUUAUACGCCAUCACCUUCGAGUUACUGUUAUGCUUAAUACAAUAGCGGCAAUACAAAAAAAUAAAUAUAUAAUCGAUAAUGAUGAAAUUAAAUUAAACUUAGAAAAAAAUUUACAAACAAUCAUUUACAAUCAUCAAUCGAAAUUAAAAUCUGAUGUCAAAUUACCUUCGAGUGACUCACUCUGGAAAAAGACAGAAGUCAAAGUUUUUAAUGAAGAUUGUCUUGCUGUUUAUGAACAAUUGGUAGCUGAAGGAAAAAAGCCACUUUUGUUAAAUAUGGCCAGUAGUACGAGUCCCGGUGGUGGUUAUCGUAAAGGUGAUGGAGCACAAGAAGAAAAUAUCUUUCGACGAUCAGAUUAUUGUCGAAGUCUUGAUGUUGGUCUCGAUGAAAUUCUAGAAGAACCUUGUGAAAGAUCGCUUUGCACAUCACAAUGUAAACUCGAUCCAUCAUUCGAUUCACAGAAAAUGUAUCCGAUUCAUGAAUACGGAGCUAUUUAUACAUCGGGUUUAACUGUAUUUCGUCAGGCUGAAAAUACUGGUUAUAAUUAUAUGAAAAAACCAUUACAUAAUGUUUGUUCAUUGGCAAUGGCUGCUUAUCGAGAACCAGAUCUAGAAGAAAAAACAGGCAAAAAAAUAUUAACACCGAAAUUUGCUGUUGGAAUGCGAAAAAAAAUUGAAAAUAUUUUUUCAAUUGCUCAUCAUCAUAAACAUAAUUGUCUUGUUCUAUCAGCUUUAGGUUGUGGCGCAUUCAGAAAUCCUCCAGAUCAUGUUGCAAAAUUAUUUCGUUCAGUUAUUGAACAAUAUGCUGGCUUUUUUGAAUUAAUUAUAUUUGCCAUUAUCGAUGAUCAUAAUACAGGAAAUAAUUUAAAUCCACAAGGUAAUUUUACACCAUUUCAACGUGAAUUACAUGGUUUAAUUGUGCAACCGAUGUUGUCAUUAAAACAACCAAAUACUAAUUUUGGUCCUUAUCGUUUAUCAUCAGAUGGUUCAUCAGUGAAAGAUAUCUGUAUUUGUGAUUUAUCACCAUGUCAUUUUGGUGCUAAAUGCCAAGAUAUGUACGAUCCUAACCAUAUUCAGCAAUUCUCUCAUCCACCUUUCUGUGUACAAGGUUUGAAUCAUACAUGUACACAAAACGAUGAUAUGGUUCAUAUGUCUUCAUUUAUUCAUCGACAUCCAUGUAAAUAUGGUGCCAAAUGUAAAGAAAUCGAUGAUCAAAGACAUGCACAAGCAUUUGAACAUCCGUCUUAUUGUCCAAAAGGUGGUGAUUGUCAAGAUACAACCGACGAUCAUGAAAAAACUUAUCAACAUUUACCAAAAUGUGAACAAUCUCAUAGAUGCAGCAAAUUUAUAGCACGAAAAAAAGAUCAUUGUACUUCUUUUCGUCAUUGUAAACCACGUUGUCCACAUGGUAGCUAUUGUGUUCAUUUUCUUAAUAGAACACAUAUCGAAGACUAUACACAUCCAUUUCGACAGCCAUGUCCGCUUACUCCUUAUAAUUGUGCAGUAUAUAACCGAUUUGAAAUGGUAAAAGAUUCUGAACAACUUUCAUCCGAAGAUCAUCAACAUUGUUUUCAUUUUGCUCAUGUAUGUCGAUUUGGACGAAAUUGUAUAAAGGACGAUCUAGAUCAUCAAGAAAACUUUAUCCAUAUACCCCGUCUUCUUUGUCGAUAUGGUAGUCAAUGUAAAAAAAUCGCCCAAGAAGAUCAUAUAAAUUCAUUUACACAUCCAAAUAUUCGUGAUGUUCGACUCUUAUGUAAACAUGGUGAUGCAUGUCGUGAUCGUCAAGAUCGCAAUCAUUUUGCUCGAUAUCGACAUUCAAUGAAAUUCGGAGAUAGUGGCGUCGUUCGCUACUGUAAUUUGAAUGGGAACAUCGAUUUUGUUCAAAAUCAAAAGAAUAGUGCAUCCCAAAUUAACAAUUAUGCUCGAAAUUGGACAUCAUUACCAUCAGGUUCAAUUCCAGACGAAAUUCUUGAUUGGAUACGUGUUAUUCAACCUGUUCAUCGAUGCCGUCGUGAAAUAUUCGAAUCAAUCCUACUUCAUGGUCAUGUUAUGGGUCGAGAAUAUAUGGAGCAUUUAACAAAACCGAAAUGCGUAGCAAAUUCUGUUCUUGAACAUAGUAAAAUCCGACAAAUACCAAAUUUAAAAGGAAUAUUCGAUCAUGUUAAAAAUUACGUGAUUGCUUUGGUCACUCAACAUUAUAUAAACAAUGAAUCUCCCGACUACAACACUACGAACGGGAUGUUCACUCAAACAUCACCCAAUAAUAAUAUAUCAGUAUCUUCAUCAGUUGACACGACAAGAACGAUUCUUGGAUAUAAUCUUGCAUCUCGUAACGUGGAUAUGAUUCGUGAAAAAACCAUUGAAAUAGCUGAAGCUUCAAUUAAACUUUCCCGAACUCUUGCUGGCAUUGGUUAUGAACAAGAUAAAAGGUUGGGAACCAACAAACAAGUUUUCAGCAUUCUUGGACCACAUACAGGUACUUAUUAUGGAAAUGUAGUUAUUGUUUUCAAACGUGACAUACUUCAUCAUCCAGAUGCAAACUUUACUACACAAGCUGCAACAUCAUUCGCCAGCGGAAAAAUUUACGAAUAUCGUCCAUGGUUAGGACCUGAUCCAAAUACGUUAGAAGAUCGAAUUGAUUUAUUUCAUAAAUCGAAAUUACAUGCUUCAAUACCAGGUUAUGAAUAUACAACUGCUCUUGAAUUAAUAGCUACGACCAGUCAUUAUUUUAAAAAAGAGAAAAUGGGUUUGAAAGUUAGUCUUGAAAAGAUUCUCGAACGUUGGCGCAAAGUUGACUCGCAUUUUGUUAUUGAAACACAUUUACCUCAACUUAUUCCGUUAGAUUAUAUUGAACAUAUUUACAUGACAGAGGACAUAUACACAUCGCUUAGUACAAAUGCUCGUGACACUAUUGACAAGUUUUUCAAAAAUUGUAUCACGAUAGAAAAUAAAAAUGAUGAUGAAUAUAAUAAAUUUGUUGUUGACAAACUGGUGGAAAAAUUUAGUCAUAGUGCACUUGAUUCAAUUUCAAGACCUGUUCAGGGUAUUGUUAUGACAAUCGAAUCAACUAAUCUUAAAGAUCAUUAUCUCUUACCUUUGACAAUUUCACAAGCAUAUGCACAAUACCAAAUUAAACAUCCAAAAGUAUCAGUUAAUUGUAAAAUUUAUAUCUAUUGGCAAGUAAUGAAUGGUGAUAUGAUGUUAACAUUGUCGAAUAAACAAAUUGAUCCAAACAAGAUACAAAACGAACUGAGAUGUUUAAUUUGUUAUAUUGCUCCAAAACCCAUAUUAAAUGAUUCAACGUAUCACGAACAAACAUCAUAUUUAAAUAGUGGUCAUCCAUUUCAACAUCAAACAUUUAUUGAUAGGAAAAUAUAUGCAGCUAAAUCAACAACAUUUUAUGUCGGAUGUAAUACUGAUGAUUUAAUGACGUUUUGCCUUGAAAUUGAUCGUUUGAAUGGAAUGGUCACUCUUUCACAUGCCGGUCCUAAUUCAAUAUACAAUCAUGAAAAAAUUUCUUGUCCAUUUUCGAAAAACGUUGAUUUAGCUGUUUUAGAAUAUAUUCAUGUUAGUGCUGGUGCUCAAGCAUUACCAAUACGAAAUCUAAUCGUCUGUUUCGAGAAGCAAUAUGAUUUGCAUGCAACAUUUGAUGAAAAAUUUGCAAAAGCUACUACAGCCUCAACUAAUAAACCAACCAAUGAGGGACAAGUUUCAACAGUUAAUACAAACAAUAAUGCAUCAUCAUCCGCUACAACCGAUAAUCAAACACCAAAAUCAUCGAGCCUUUAUACUCGAUUUAAAAAUACUGCAAAAGCAAUUCUUUUUCGUGAUCCUAACUCAAAAUUCAAACCAUGUCCUGAUGGCAUUUACUGUCUCACACAAUUUUCUGAAAAUGGACUUGAUCACAAUGAAAAAUAUUCACAUCCAUGUCGAUUUGCUCAUCAAUGUCGAGAACCAGAAGAAAAUUUAACACAUGAACCUCAUCAAGUACCCGACUGUCCAUCGGAUAGAAAUUGCGAGGAUUUAAUUAAUCCUAUUCAUCGAUCUCAAUUUCAUCAUACAGGUUGGCCGUAUUUUCUUAUACCAUGUAACAAUCAAUGUAAAUGUAAAAACAAAUCAAAAAAUCAUCUGAUCAAAUACUCGCAUGGUGAAAGAGUUAACGAACCAAAACGAAUAGAAGAAUCGCAAGCUGCUUCAACUGAUCAAUCACCACAGAAUGAUCAAAAUUUUCCGAAAUCAAAUGUAGAUAGUAAACAACAAACACAAAGUAAAUGGGGUGCACAAUGCAGGGAUAUUACUAAGCCUGAUCAUUGCAAACAAUUUUCUCAUCCAACUGUUACUCAACAGGCUAAUGGUGAUCGUACUCCAUGUAAAUGGAAUCCGAAUUGUACUGAUCAUUCUGGUAUUCAUCGAUCUAAAUUUUGGCAUCCACAAACUUGA